AUGUGCAAGCGACACCAAGAGCAGAUAACAGACGCCUCCAUGAGCAUCACUCAACAACGCAAACGAACCGCCCAUGCCAGCCAUGAUGCUCCCAUGCCAACACCGAUGGACGAUGAUAAAGCAGCCGUGGACUUUGUGGGUCGACUUCCUUGGGACGUUACGUGGGCUAUCUUUACGCGGUUGAACUUUCCAGAGCGAGUCAAAUGUACACGCGUGAGCAAGAACUGGCGGACGAGUUUAUGCGAGUGGCCUGGCAUGUAUCGAGAUGUACAUAUCGCACUACGAGAAAGUGACCGUGAUAGCUGGUUAAAAUGGAUUCCUGAUGCAGAACGGCCUAUUCAACGAUUCAGCUUUUUUGGCAACACGGUGCAAAUGAAAAAGACAUUUGAUAUGAUACGGCAAAAGGGGCAUUCACGUAUUCAUACCUUGGUGAUUGGAUCGAUCUAUGCAUGGGAUACAGUGGAUCUUUCAACCGAAGAACAAUUGAGUACAUUGACAGGGAUGCUCGAAUUGACCGGCCACAAUCUCAAAACACUCGAAUUUCGACAUGCCUUUUUUCCAGCACAACGAGUGAUACCACGUGUAUUAUCCACCUGUCAACGAUUACAGACCUUGGUAUGCAAGAUGGAGAAUAUAGAGGAGAAUCAAGAGGAGGAGAAUGAAGAUGAGGAGGAACAAAAUGUAUCACCUACAUGGGCACCAGAAUUACCGAUGCCAUGGUUGACAGAGUUGGUGUGGUCGGCAGAGGUCGUGUUGCCAUUGGAACGCUUAUUGCCGUUAUGCACGCGUUUACAUUUACUCGUCAUGGAUGCAGCUGAAUGUGGACCUAUGAAUGUAUUACAACGCAUCGAUUUAUUAUGUCCCAGCUUACGCCAUGUUCAUUUACUCGAUACGGAUGCCAUUACACACCUUGAAUUACACGAUGUACGAGCGCCUCAUGCCAGUGGACCAGGAUUGCAAUCAUUAGCCUUGACACAUGUGGAUGGAUUAUGUGAUCGGGAUUUACUACCACUGCUUGAACGCAAUCAUCGGACGCUUGAAUUAGUUUCAGUGAUUCAUGAUACACCUCUUGACCAUUAUUGGGCCGCCCUUGCACAUUAUGGUGCACCACGACUAUCGCAUCUUGUGCUUCGACAUACAGGACCAGAGGAUGAUUUGUGUCGCUUAUUAUCACAAUGCCCUGCGCUUGAACAUGUUACGCUUAUGCAAUGCCAAUCAGGACGUACCAUGGAUGCACUCACACGUCUCGUCUCUUUACGAUCCUUGACCAUUUAUGAUGGAGCAGAAACAGCUCUCGAUCGUGCCAUGUGCUUUGCAAGAGCCCCCGCCAUAGGAUUACGUACCCUCCAUUUGAUCCGAUCACGAUUUGUAACAGAUGAUUUCUUGGAAACAAUGGUGCGUGAAUUAAAUACCGAGCUUACGAGUCUUGAUGUGAGCGGAUGUGAACAAUUAACGAGUGCAGGAUUACAACGAGCCAUUCAAGAACUUGCACGUUCUCAACAAUUACGAUCCCUUGGCCUUGCCGAUUUAGAUUGUGUGGAUGAUGAUGUCCUAUGUGCACUAGGUGGUAUCCAAAGUCUUCAUACGCUUGAUAUUAGUCGUUGUUAUCGAGUCUCCGAUCGUGGUGUGAGUGCUUUGGUAUUUGAUGGUUGCACCUCCUUGCGAAGGUUGGUCAUGCAUGAUUGUCUUGUCACACACGCCACUACGACACGCAUUGCCAAUAAGCUGGAUACUGCCUUUCCCGAUGAAACAUCCAUCGUCGACACGUUACCGUAUUAA